UCCCCGAGUCCUGCGGCAGCGUCCGGAGGUCCUCCUGGGUGUUUGCGUUCGCGUCCUGAACAGCACCGCGGGGACUGAGCCACACGGGCCGCCGUAGUCAGCUGCGGCGAGCAGGAAGUGUCCCAGCGGCGGCUGGCAGACUGCACGAUGGCCCCAGACCCCUGGUUCUCCACUUACGAUUCUACCUGUCAAAUCGCCCAAGAGAUCGCCGAGAAGAUUCAACAGCGGAAUCAGUAUGAAAGGAGGGGUGAAAAGACAACCAAGCUGACGGUGACCAUCAGAGCUUUGCUGCAGAACCUGAAGGAAAAGAUCGCCCUGUUGAAAGACUUACUGCUAAGAGCGGUGUCAACACACCAGAUGUAUCCGCCGAAUGUGCUGGCAAAGCAAGACCUGCCGAAGGAAUUCUCUCGGUUGGGUGGAACCUUUCCACAGCACAGGAGGCUGGGGCUUUGCCUCGGGGCUGUGUGCACCGAGCUGUGCCCUGUGUGGCCAGCAGCGGGGCUCCAGCAGGAAAAGCCUCCCAGGUCACCCUGCAGUCCCCAGAGCUGUCCAUAUAUUCCAGUCCUGGCAUCCUUUAAGAAUGAGGGCGCAGAGCCAGAUCUGAUCAGGUCCAGUCUGAUGAGUGAAGAAGCUAAGCGAGGAGCACCCAACCCUUGGCUCUUGGAGGAGCCAGAGGAGACCAGAGGCUUGGGUUUUGAUGAGAUUCGGCAACAGCAGCAGAAAAUCAUCCAAGAGCAGGACGCGGGCCUUGAUGCUCUCUCCUCUAUCAUAAGUCGCCAGAAGCAAAUGGGGCGGGAGAUCGGCAAUGAACUGGAUGAACAGAACGAGAUAAUUGAUGACCUUGCCAACCUGGUGGAGAACACAGACGAGAAACUCCGCACGGAAACCAGACGCGUGAGCCUAGUGGACAGAAAGUCAGCUUCAUGCGGGAUGAUCAUGGUGAUCCUGCUGCUGUUUGUGGCGAUAGUGGUCGUGGCAGUCUGGCCGACCAAGUGAUGGCAAGAAAGGGACCCCGGGCUGUGACCCCAGGACGACGCAGAAAACCCAGCACCUUGCGGUACCCAGACCCCGCUCUCAAUAAACCCCCGAGGCUCUGA